AUGCCUGGUGCUUUCUCCGUGCGGAAGGUGAUACUGUUCUGUCGGACUCAUCUUCGUCGUUGUGGGACGUUGCAAACUUUGUCGGGGGUGACAGGUGACCCAAAACCUGUCGGCGGCUGUUGUGUUGAAGUUGAUUGUUUGGGCGCAGUCUUAGUGCUUCGUGUAGCGGCUUGUGGCUCGCCUGUGGUGGUGGUAACAGUGUUGUCUAUUGAUAUGUCGUAUUUUGCGGCUUGCUCUCAAGUUUUUCAUUGUAGUCGGGGCGUGCUCUGCGGCCAUCUUGGGCCCCUUUGGGACGUAGAAUCAAGGCCGAGGAUGGCAUUGCAUCGAAGGGGGCUCUGUGGCCGCGAGCACGCGUAUUUGGGGCCGUUUUUGCUCCGAUUUUCAAAAAUUUCGUUCUCGCUGUUGUUGAUGUUUUUUUUCCAGAUAUAUGCAGGCGACGGAAGGGACAAGGGUCGCCCCGCCGGAAAAGGAAGAACUAUGUUCAAGUCACGUGAUGAUAAGAAAGGAAUAAGAGAUACGACUCUUGGCAUGUCGGCUGCCGACAAUUGA